GGUGGUUUGUGUUGGAAGUUGGUAGCCAGCACCUUCACAGGCACAGAGGAAAGGCCGGUUGCUUUCUCAAAGACAAAUGCGGGGAAAGUCCCACAGGAAGCAGCUCUCACUGAAGCAGUGACUGUCCCGUACGGCACACUUCUCCCCUCAACAUCCUGGAGGCGUAUCUCCAAUAACUCACAGGCUGGCUCCUCCUGUCCCUCUCCUGUGAAAGCCGUCCGGGUCCAGCAGUGUGGAAUCGUAGAAUGCCCCGCAGCCCCGAGGCGAAGGACGACCCCAUGGAGUGCCCGCUGUGUAUGGAACCGCUGGAGAUCGAUGACGUCAACUUCUUCCCGUGCACCUGCGGCUACCAGAUCUGCCGCUUCUGCUGGCAUCGGAUCAGGACGGACGAGAACGGUCUCUGUCCCGCCUGCAGAAAGCCUUACCCAGAAGACCCUGCGGUGUACAAGCCUCUGUCACACGAGGAGCUGCAGAGGAUAAAGAACGAGAAGAAGCAGAAGCAGAACGAGAAGAAGCAGAAGAUCACAGAGAAUAGGAAACAUCUGGCCAGCGUCCGCGUGGUCCAGAGAAACCUGGUGUUCGUGGUGGGGCUGUCUCAGAGGCUGGCCGACCCUGAGGUUCUAAAGAGGCCAGAAUAUUUUGGGAAGUUUGGGAAGAUUCAUAAAGUGGUGAUCAACAACAGCACAUCGUACGCUGGUUCACAGGGACCCAGUGCCAGUGCCUACGUCACAUAUAUUAGGUCUGAAGACGCUCUUAGAGCAAUCCAGUGUGUCAACAAUGUCGUGGUCGAUGGCAGAACGCUUAAGGCUUCUUUAGGAACAACAAAGUACUGCAGUUACUUUUUAAAGAGCACGCAGUGCCCCAAACCGGACUGCAUGUAUCUGCACGAGCUGGGCGACGAAGCUGCUAGUUUUACAAAAGAAGAGAUGCAGGCGGGGAAGCACCAAGAGUAUGAGCAGAAGCUACAAGACCUCUACAAAAUCAACACGACCUUUCUACAGACCUCAGCUGUGUCAGGGGACAAACCAAAGGGCAAAGCCAACUCUUUACAGAUAUCUAACAGCUCCAGUAAAGACAGCUGGCUGUCAUUACAGCCGUCAGGGAAAACCACCAACGGUCUGUCCUCGGACCACAGGAAGAGUCCACCAUUAGAUGGCUCCGACUCUGAACACUUGACCCCCGAGGGGCCCGAACCUGACCUCAGCCUUGGCCCCAUACCGGCCCUCUCCCCUUUCUCUUCAAACUGUGACAUUUCUAGCCCCAGCGAUAAACUGCCAGAAAUGAUCAGUAUAGGCAACGGUGAAACCUCACAGCUGCUCCCGGGCAGUGACUUUCCAUCACCACCUCCUGGCCUCAGUAAGCCCAGCGUGGUGGUUCCCAUCAGCGUCACAGGCCGCACAGCUCGCUCCCUGAGCGAGGCGGCUGCCGCUGCAGAGUCUCAGUCGCUGUUCUCAGACAACAGCAACUUCAGGCAUCCCAACCCUCUCCCCAGUGGACUGUGCAGCGUCCCCAGUUCCCCACACAGCAACUCAGACUGGCCCACUGCACCAGAACCGCAGAGCCUCUUCACCUCAGAUACCAUCCCGGUGUCCUCGUCCACAGACUGGCAGGCGGCCUUCGGCUUCGGCUCGUCCAAACAGCAGCAGGAGGACGAUCUGGGCUUUGAUCCCUUCGACGUCACUCGGAGGGCUCUCGCUGACCUCAUCGAGAAGGAGCUCCGUGUUGAGGACAGCUUCAGCUCCUCCCUGUCACCCGGCUUCUUCCCCCACAGAACCCACAGACCCCCGCUAAAUAACGGCCUCGGACCCCCAGGAGGGCUCCCGCUCUCCAGCCACCUCUCACACCAUUUCCCCCAGAAUCAGCACCCUCACAGGGGAGGCUACAGCUCCUUCAACUUCCCCGCUCACCUUUCUUCUGCAUCAUCAUCAUCAUCGACAUCGUCGUCAUCAUCAACAUCUUCCUCCUCCUGCCCCGCUGCCACCACCCUCCCCUCGUCCUCAGCAUUUCAUCAGCCCUGGAUGGGUUCCACGUCCUCUCGCGGUAACUUUGUUCAUUUGAACCACACAGUCAGUCCAACGGCCUCCAUGUCAAACAGCAGCUUCUUGGACUUUACAGUUCUGCCGGGACAUCACGGCACCGGGCUGGGAGGAAUCCCCAUCACAGAGAACAGCAGUCGCGUAGAGCGUAUAAAUGUGAAGGAGUGGCAGGACGGACUCCGAGCGCUGUUGCCCAACAUCAACAUCAAUUUUGGAGGUUUGCCCAAUUCCUCGUCGUCAUCCUCGUCGUCAUCUUCCUCCUCCUCUUCCUCCUCCUCCUCCUCCUCUUCAUCCAGCGCCAACCACACAGGAGCACCGGGGAUUUCUGGGAGUGUUUCUCACGGCCUGCGAUGGGACGGCACCGCCAGCUGGAUGGACCCAGCCAUCAUCACAGGGAUCCCGGCCUCCGGCGGCAACAGUCUGGACUCUCUUCGAGACGACAGUCCCCCACACUGGCUCAAAUCCCUGCAGACGCUCACAGAAAUGGACGUCCCGUCCAGCUCCGCGUCACAGAACGGUCCCUUCGGGAGCCAGCACCCGCCACACAGAGCCGUCUGGGCACGCUACCCAGCCCCAGCCAGCCAGUUCCACUCUCCACCACCAGGCUUCCAGACAGCCUUUAGACCCCCAGCACAGACCCAGACAGACCUGCUACAGAGCACUGCCACUGAUCGCCACUAGGGGAUCACACGUACACAUCGCCACCUUGAACCACAACGAAUCAGCAGAUAAAGAGUACAAAACUAUUAACAACUAAUAAGAUAAUAUAAUACUUAAAUCUCUUCUUCCUCCAGAGCUUCUGAUCUCUUGUGUUUCUCAUCUUGGUUUCUGAUUGGUUGCUGGAGUUGGUCUGGUUGAGCCCCCCCCCCCCCCCCCCCCCCCCAGCCACACUGUCUGAAUGCAAUGAGACAGAAGCAUAUUCGCUGCGUUAGGAUGUGAAUCAGAAGCAAUUUCCAGAGUCUGAAAGAAUGUUUCUUUUUUUUUUUUUUUUUUUUAAUCACAAGGUCAGUUAAAGCCACCAUGUUCGGGAAGAGUGUUUGACAGACGCUCUCUGCUUGAGGCUAGAGAGGAUCAAGGCCACAUCGGCUGCCACUAGAAUAACGAAAAACCCAACUUCCAGCUGUUGAAUUGCAUUGUGGGUCCUGUCGACACCAGGUUUUGCCAAAGAAGAAGAACGUGUGGAGUAAUAAAGGAAAUAUUUCUGCUUCUGAUACAUCGGUUUUGAUCCUUUUUAUAUGUAAACGGCCCAUUGUGGGUCUGACAGUGUAGUAGGAGUGUGUCUGUGUCUCAGACUAGGUUUAGCUCACUGUCAGCUGUCUUUCCAAUGGUUUGAGAUUUCUGUGACAGCUUAAAGCCUCAGCCAGCAUGAGUGACGGCAGGGUCCCCGUACGUUUUAAAUACCGUUUAAUUUCACUGCUGGAAAGAUUGCAAGGGGAAAUGGAAAAAAAAAAAAAAGAAAUCACCCAUUUCGUUUUAUGUUUU